AUGCUGACGCUAUGUAUGCUCUCUGAAAUUGAGAUUUGGCGUGAGCAACACUACAGAAGGAAAAUGACGCACUGGUUUCAUCGCAACCCUUUGAAGGCCACAGCUCCCGUUUCAUUCAAUUUUUAUGGGGUAGCUACCACUCCGGCUGCAACAAAGGUUUGCAAUGAUUUGAGGUUAUCUCGAUCACGACUACUGGAGUUAUUUACAGACUCGAGUUGUAAUCCAGAAAUGAUGAAAAAUGCAACUGACUUGUACUUCUCACUCUUGCAAGGUUUUAUCCUUUCACUGGAUGACUCUUCCCAAGAAUGCAAGUUGAGAUAUAUUCAGAAUUUCAAGUGGACAGACACAUUACAAGGACAAGUUCCAAAUGCCCAGCAGGAUGCAGUGUUUGAACUGGUUUCCAUGGGAUUUAAUGUAGCUCUGUGGUACACAAAAUAUGCAUCAAGACUCGCUGGAAAAGAAGAUAUAACAGAAGAUGAAGCAAAAGACGUUCACAGAAGCCUGAAGAUAGCAGCUGGGAUUUUUAAACACUUGAAGGAAAGUCAUAUCCCAAAAUUGAUUACACCUGUAGAAAAGGGAAGAGAUUUAGAAGCUCGACUUAUAGACUCUUACAUCAUACAGUGCCAAGCUGAAGCUCAAGAAGUGACAAUUGCUCGGGCUAUUGAGCUGAAACACAAUCCAGGAUUAAUAGCUGCUCUUGCUUAUGAAACAGCUAACUUCUACCAAAAAGCUGAUCAAACAUUAGCCAGUUUGGAUCCAACCUAUGCAGGUAAAUGGAGGAAGUACUUAAACUUGAAGACCUGCUUCUAUAUGGCCUAUGCAUACUGUUACCAUGGUCAGACUUUACUGGCGAGUGAUAAAUGCGGGGAAGCAAUCAGAUCUCUGCAGGAAUCAGAAAAAUUUUUUGCCAAGGCUGAAGCAUUGUGCAAAGAAUAUGGAGAAACCAAAGGGCCUGGGACUACUGCCAAACCUUCUGGACAUCUCUUCUUUAGGAAAUUAGGAAGUUUGAUUAAGAACACGCUAGAAAAAUGCCAGAGAGAGAAUGGAUUCAUCUAUUUUCAGAAGGUGCCAGCAGAGGCUCCCCAGCUGGAACUGAAAGCAAAUUAUGGCUUAGUAGAGCCUGUUCCUUUUGAAUUUCCUGCCUUGAAUGCACACUGGACUCCUGAAACACUUGCGGCAUUUGAUCUCACCAAGAGGCCAAAGGAUGACACUGCUAAACCAAAACCAGAUGAAGAAGUAAAACCUCUGAAGGAACCAGAUAUAAAGCCCCAAAAAGACAGUGGAUGCCAGAUUUCUUAAGUGCCAUAAGUGCUUUGAAUUCACUUUGAAACUGUAUUAAUUGGACUCUGGGGCUUUAGUUCUGAUCUCCCUUUGUAUCAUUCUUCCUUUUUAGUUUAGAAGACUAAUUUAAGUUACUUUUGUUAGUAUGCGUCUGUCUUGCUUGAGAAUGUGGUGGAUUUCUAGGAGUUUAUUUAUAUCUGACUUAUUUUUUGUUUUAGUGGGAUAUCAUGGAAUGAGUGGGCUUAAAUGUUCCUAUUGUGCCUCUAGAGAGUUUCUUUUUGUGGGUUUAGUUUCUACCCACAAAUAGCAAAGGAAGUAUCAUGAUUGUAACACUUGAGGAUUUUUCCAUUAAAUUAUAUGCUAUGUAAUGUCAAAUUCUGCAAACAAAAGUUUGCAUGAACAGUUAUAUUUAUUCAGGUUUUGUCAUUCAGGCUUAACACCCUGCUGUGUUCCGAUUCACUUAAUCGUAGUGAGCAAAGAAAAUCUGGGUUUGGUUUGUAACACCCCUACGGUAUUUCAGCGACUUUCACAGAACUUGGAAAACCUUGUUUUGCAUAACUGGAGCACAAUUUAUAUUCUCCUG